AGAGAACACAGAGGACCUUAUAUCGGUACCCGACCGCGCAGAAGAGAGGCAACCAUAUCUAGCAACAUAACUGAAUAUGCGUGCGAACCUGAGACUGUGGCUGGCUACCUUGGCUUUUGCCUUCUGCACUCUGAUCUAUGUCGGAACGCUUGCGGAUGCGUACCCGUCGAAACCCGACAAUCCUGGAGAACAGGCGCCUGCUGAAGACAUGGCCAAAUAUUAUUCAGCUCUGAGGCACUACAUCAAUCUUAUUACGCGGCAGAGGUAUGGGAAGAGGUCCAGUCCAGAGACUCUGUUUUCUGACCUUCUGUGGAAGGAAAGUCAGGAAAGAAUCCCAAGACCAAGAUAUGAAGACCCUUCCAUGUGGUGAUGAAACCACGCUCUUCAUUGUGUCUACAUUAUCAUUUUACAUUUCACGCUAGAACACUGACAACCAAAUGCAGUCAGACUUCCAAAGAGAAACACUGCAUGCAGCCACCACAGAGAACUCUGUAGAAAAACAUCCUGCACCAUAUUGUAUAUAUACACAUUUAUUUAAAUAAAUGAUUCGUGCAUUCCAACUACAAUAUAGAAGAAUAUUAUUUGUAUAGUGAAAUUGCUUUUGUGCUAUUAAAAUUCAUUACAAAUAGAUUGAACAUGCAGUUGUAUUCUUUAAGACUUGUUAAUUAU